GGCUGAGAGGGCUUGGCCCCCAGAGAGGGCGGGGAGAUGACACAGUUGUUCCCCCAGCCCUGCGGGGCGGGCAGCAUGGUUCACUCCAGCAUGGGGGCUCCAGAAAUAAGAAUGUCUAAGCCCCUGGAGGCCGAGAAGCAAGGUCUGGACUCCCCGUCAGAGCACACAGACACUGAAAGAAAUGGACCAGACACUAACCAUCAGAACCCCCAGAAUAAAACCUCCCCGUUCUCCGUGUCCCCAACCGGCCCCAGCACCAAGAUCAAGGCUGAAGACCCCAGUGGCGACUCAGCCCCAGCAGCACCCCGCCCCCCCCCGCCGGCUCAGCCACAUCUGCCCCAGGCCCAACUCAUGUUGACGGGCAGCCAGCUAGCCGGGGACAUACAGCAGCUCCUCCAGCUUCAGCAGCUGGUGCUUGUCCCCGGCCACCACCUCCAGCCACCUGCUCAGUUCCUGCUGCCACAGGCCCAGCAGAGUCAGCCAGGCCUGCUACCGACGCCAAAUCUCUUCCAGCUACCUCAGCAAACCCAGGGAGCUCUUCUGACCUCCCAGCCCCGGGCCGGGCUGCCCACACAGCCCCCCAAAUGCUUGGAGCCACCAUCCCACCCCGAGGAGCCCAGUGACCUGGAGGAGCUGGAGCAGUUCGCCCGCACCUUCAAGCAACGCCGCAUCAAACUGGGCUUCACACAGGGUGACGUGGGCCUGGCCAUGGGCAAGCUCUACGGCAACGACUUUAGCCAGACCACCAUCUCCCGUUUCGAGGCCCUCAACCUGAGCUUCAAGAACAUGUGCAAACUCAAGCCCCUUCUGGAGAAGUGGCUCAACGACGCAGAGACUAUGUCUGUGGACUCAAGCCUGCCCAGCCCCAACCAGCUGAGCAGCCCCAGCCUGGGCUUUGACGGGCUCCCCGGCCGGAGACGCAAGAAGAGGACCAGCAUCGAGACAAACGUCCGCUUCGCCUUAGAGAAGAGUUUUCUAGCGAACCAGAAGCCUACCUCAGAGGAGAUCCUGCUGAUCGCAGAGCAGCUGCACAUGGAGAAGGAAGUGAUCCGCGUCUGGUUCUGCAACCGGCGCCAGAAGGAAAAACGCAUCAACCCCUGCAGUGCAGCCCCCAUGUUGCCCAGCCCGGGGAAACCGGCCAGCUACAGCCCCCAUCUGGUCACACCCCAGGGGGGCGCCGGGACCUUGCCAUUGUCCCAAGCUUCCAGCAGUCUGAGCACAACAGUUACUACCUUAUCCUCAGCUGUGGGGACGCUCCACCCCAGCCGGACAGCCGGAGGGGGUGGGGGCGGGGGCGGGGCCGCGCCCCCCCUCAAUUCCAUCCCCUCUGUCACUCCCCCACCCCCGGCCACCACCAACAGCACAAAUCCCAGCCCUCAAGGCAGCCACUCGGCUAUCGGCUUGUCGGGCCUGAACCCCAGCACGGGAAGCACAAUGGUGGGGUUGAGCUCCGGGCUGAGUCCAGCCCUCAUGAGCAACAACCCUUUGGCCACUAUCCAAGCCCUGGCCUCUGGUGGAACCCUGCCCCUUACCAGCCUUGACGGCAGCGGGAACCUGGUGCUGGGGGCGGCUGGCGCGGCCCCGGGGAGCCCCGGCCUGGUGACCUCGCCGCUCUUCUUGAACCACGCUGGGCUGCCCCUGCUCAGUGCCCCGCCUGGCGUGGGCCUGGUCUCGGCAGCCGCUGCGGCCGUGGCGGCCUCCAUCUCCAGCAAGUCUCCGGGCCUCUCCUCAUCCUCCUCCUCAUCCUCAUCCUCGUCCUCCACUUGCAGUGAGGCGGCAGCACAGACCCCUGGAGGCCCUGGGGGGCCCGAGGCAGGGUCCAAGCCCGAGUGAGGACCCACCUUGCCUCCCCUCCUACUCCUCUGAUCCCCACCUCAGUCCCCCCGCCUGGGAAGAGGGCGAGGAGGUCAGCGGUGGUGGCGCAGAGGGUCCUUGGAGCUGGAGUGACAAGGGAGGAAAGACCAAAAGAAAACAAAAAACAAAAAACAAAAAAAACCCAACUAACCAAAAAAACAAAACAAAACAAAAGGAAGAAAGAAGGAAAGAAAGAAAAUGAAAGAAACCAACCAACAAAAAGAAACCAAAAAUAAUCUCAACAGAAACCAGCUGCCCCAAAGGAACCAGAGGUGAAAAACAAACCAAAACCAAAAACAAAAAAAAAUGCCCCACAAAACCAAACCAAAAACCAGUUGCGAGCCAGACCUCAGUGUGCUCACCCUCACUGCUACGACACCAAAUAAGAACCCCAGCCAGGGGCAGAGAAGCCUCGGCAGGGUGGACCUCUCGCCGAGCCCCUGGCUGGGGGGCCAACCCCCAAUCUUGCCUCCCUUGGUGGGGGCCAGAGAAGGCAAAAGAGAAUGUGCCAGCCUCCAGCCCCAGCCCCCAGCCCUGGGCCAGCGAAGACAGGGCACAGCCUGGGGCCGACGGGUUGGGCUCAGAACCACCCGCCAAAUGUUCUUUUCCAGAAGGUGAAAGAGAAGGGGCCUAAACAACCUUACACCAAAUAUUCAGUAGCUUCAUCCAAAGGAUGUACAGAAUUUUUAGCGUUGCGCUCAACAGAAUGUGUCCCUACCAUGUGUCCCCCUCUCCCUUGGUCCCCAGCUCUCCCCACCUGGGCAGGGGGUCUCGCUUUAACCUCCUCCCUCCCCCAGCCAGGGGAGAGCGCAGGGGCAGGCCUGGGAUGAUUUUUCACCCCUCGUACCAACCCCUUUUCCCUUUGAAGGGUGGGCUAGGCUGUUUUGUGAAGUUCUAGCUCUCACAUGUGCCCCCCUCAACCCCAUCACUGUCCUCUGCUCUGGAAUCCACCCACCGCCCCGGCCCAAGGGAAGGUGGACGUUUCGGGCAAGAGGGAUGAGGUGAGGGCAUUUGAGUUGUCUCUUUUCCCAUCCUUGUCUGUCAGUUUCCCUGAAAAAAAAAAAAAUUCAUAUUCCAGUGCCUAUCCGUGGGAUCCUUCACGUUCUUUGACAUUGACCAGAAACCAAAAAGAGAACUCACCUCACUCUUCCCACCCUGUGCCCCUCUGAUACUGGCAGAUGCCUCUCCCCCCCCCCCACAUGUAUACACGCACGCACCCCAGUGGUGGGGUUCCUCAAGGUGGCAUCCCCAUCAGGGUCCAUGUGGCGGGGACAGUGCCAUGACCUGUGGUCCCCAUCCAAGAGGGCGCUGUGGUGGCCACCACUCCCACGAGACCUCCCUCAAGUCUUGGCUGGACCCCAUGUUUACCCAGCCCCGGACCCGUCUCAACGGACAGAGGAGAGACGCCGCUGGGAGCCACUUUGCCCUCCUGCUAUGUGGAGGCCAACAAAGUUUUGAACCAAAAACAAAACACACACACAAAAAAACAAAAAAACCAAACAAACAAUAAAUUAAAACUAGAAAAAAAAAGAAUUUAUAGAUAUAUAUAUAUUUAAGGGAAAGAAGACGAGGACUUUUCAAGAAUAAGAAGGAGCCGCGAGGUGGAGCCAAGCCCCUGCACCAGUGGUCCAGGCCCUUGGUCCCCAAGGCAGAUGGAAGGACAGAUGCUUCUUUCUCUUCACAAAUACCUCAUGGACGUCGUCUUCGGGAAAGCCGGAGGGGGAGGCUGGGGCUGGGCCUGUCCCUCAGCCAGGGCAGAUGGAAGCGGGCGGGCAGGGCUGGGAGGGGGGUUCAGGGGCAGGGGUCAAGAGCCCCAAGCUCCCUGCCCCCCAAUCCAUUGAAAAAGCUUUAAAAAAAAAAAAAAAAAGAAACAAGGAAUAAGCAAGCAAAAAGAAUGGACAAAGGAAAACGAACAAAUUUUCGGGUGGUUUGAUUCCUCCUCUGAUUUCUUUUUCUGUUCUCUUCAGUCCGUUCUCUCUCCCUCAUCCUUCACUCUUCUCUCGCCCCUCUCAGUCUCCUCUUUCUGUGUCUCUCCUCAAACCAAAGUGUUGCUGUGAAGGACGCGAGCCAUUGAAAUCAGAGGCCUGGACCCCGCUGGGCAGAGCAGCGGGGAGCCCAGAGCCCCGAGCCCCCAGCAGUGCCGCUGGACACUCCAAGGAGAGGCGGCCGCUGCCCUGGGUCCCCCAAGUCCUCAGCGUCCUUUCUUUCUUGUCUCCUUUCUCCCACCCGGGAAAUGAAACUGUUGGGCUGGGCCACGGAGACAGCAGAGACUCGGCUGUUUUGGGGGUCUCGGGGUGCCUUGUCUGGGCAGCAGUGGAGCGGCUGCCCCUCCCGCCCUGGCACUGAUGGGGCCUGGCAUGCCGUUGAACCAUCCUUGCUGGAAUGUAAGCAUCUCCGCUGAACCGACUCCCUGCCCUUACCCUACCUCUGAGUUUGUCCAUGUUUAUUUCCUGAAGAGAAGGGACUGGCGAGAGGGCCUGGGCCCCAGCCCAAGGGUGGAGAGGGGGCCAAGGGCUCCUGAACAGAUAGGAAGGACAUUUGAGCAGAGCAAAAUGAAAGGAAUUACGACCAAAUACCCCUCCGAGAAGACAGGCAGCAUGGAAGGCAUGGUGGAGAUGACUCAAAAACUAUGAUUCUAGACCAAAAAAAAAAAAACAAAAAACAAAACAAAAAA